UCAACGUCUACUCUAGCCAUGCAUGUACAUUCAUACACCUUACAUUUCCGGCAUGUAUGCGCGCUGUCGUAUCCCAUGCAGUCGAUAUCAAUUGUCCAUAUAUCAUCAUCAUAUACCAGCUGUUCGCCGCGUACAACUACUAUGUAAAAAGUAAGGCAAGCCGCCACCACCACUCUAGCUUGUCCAGGCUCGUCUUUUUCAAUUUCACUCCCGGAUCAACAGGGGCUACGCCUAUUUGGGGCGCAGCCACGCGUGGGAUGCUUCGGUAAAUAACCGGACUGUAUUCCGUAUCCCUUCUCACCCUCGC